CGCUGAGUUCAUGUGAUUGAAUUGUGGAAUCUAGAAACUGGGUUCUUUGUGAUCGUCCGUCUUCUCUCAUCAGUACACCAUCAAUUAAGGUAUAGAGAAUUAGCCGCUUCUGACUCAUCAUCGAGGGUUUUGAUAUACAAGGAUGUCUCAGUUCAAAAUUGCUAUGAAGAAGGAUUUUAUGAAGAAGAAUACGAAAUUGGUUAUAAAUAUCUCUUUAGAUAAAGAUGCUUCGAGAUUUGAAGCUGCUCAGGGUCUUGGUUCUUUAAGAGAGGAGAAGAAACAGAGCUCUGAAUCAUCAGAGAGACUAAGUAUGGUUAAAAGGGUUUGUUGCAAAGCUGAAAUCCAUAAUCUUGGUUCUUCAAGAGUGCAGAAAGAUAGGUUUGGCUCAGAGAGUCGAAAAGAUGUGUUUCAAAGGGUUUCUUUCAAAGAUGAAGAGAUUGAUAAGGCAAUUGAUGAUCAUCAUUCUGUUGUUAGAGAUGGGAUGAUGCGUGAGGUUGAUGUCGGAACUGGAUUAUCUGGCGCGUUAAACCGACUUAGAGAGCAAGGAACUUUCAGAGGUGAAAGCAAGCUUGUUGUUGGUGUUAAGGACAAGCAUGAAGGUGACAGAUUCAGAGAUGGAUUCAAGGAUAUACAGAUUCAGAGGGUUGACAAGUGGGGAAGGACAUUGAAUCAGAAAGAAGCGUAUAGAGCACUGUGUCAUGGAUUCCAUGGGAAGCAGCCUGGGAAGAGGAAGCAAGAGAAACGGAAGAAGAAGCUGGAAGAUAAGUCAAAACAGAUGGUAACUUAAGAGAGAGCUGUGGAGAGAAUGAGACAAGUUCAUGCCGUAUUGAAGAGUCCUUAUAUUGUUCUCUAGUCAUAAACUUCUCUUUGAAAUAGGCUUUUACUAUGAUCUCAAUGGCAUUUUAAUAACAAACUUCAUUGAUUUGGUAUUCUGCUUAAUAUUUUUCAAGGUUUCUUGUAUGUUUUUACAUCAGUAAUACAUGGCCUCUUCACCUAUAUUACAAUUUCUUUUCAGUA